CAUCCACAGUCUUCCAACAUCUUCACUGAUCAGCUUCUCUUGCCUUUCCAUUCCUCAAAGGAACAGACUCACCUCCAUCACUCAGCCAUGGCAUUGUGUGGACCAUCCUGUGCUGUCCCAUCUUGCGCUUCCACCCCAGUCGUCGGUUUUGGAUCGGCUGGUCUUGGAGGCUUUGGUGGCCUUGGUGGCCUUGGCCUUGGCGACACCUACGGCUAUGGCUCUGGCGCCCUGGUUGGAUCCGGCAUCCCUUCUGCUAGCCUUGGAAUUCUUUCCGGUGUCGCCCCUUCAUGCAUCAACCAGAUCCCACCAGCAGAGGUCGUGAUCCAGCCACCUGCCUGCAUCGUGACCAUCCCAGGACCCAUCCUCUCUGCUAGCUGUGAGCCCGUGGCCGUGGGAGGAAACGCUCCAUGCUCCCCUGGUGGUUUGGGCAGUGGGCUCCUUGGAGCCGGUUCUCUUGGAGCCGGUGCUCUCGGAGCUGGUGCUCUUGGAGGAUCUCGUUUUGGAGUUGGGAGGCGAUAUGGAUACGUUGGAAGGAGAGGAAGCAUCUGUUACUCCCCCUGUUAAGUUAACAUGGAAGGUUUAUUAGGGGAAAGAAUAUCCACUGCAAAAUGUUCAUGCCUGGGUUUAAGAUAUGCUGAGCAUCCUCAAUGCCAGUUGAAUUCACUGUGCACUGGGAGCACCCAGCAAGCCUGCACAUCAGACCCACGGCUAUCUUUCAUGCAUCCAUUUCUCACCUUAACAUAAUCCCCCUCAAUCCC